CCGCCGCUGUCACGUGGGCGGUGCCGGCGCGCCCUGCGCACCCCUUCGGCACCUCGGCGUGCGCUGAACCGCCGUAACGGUCCCAACGGCCCUAACGGCCGCGGCUGUGGCGAGGGCACCACGGAGGCAGCGGGAGCGCCCAGCCCGCCGGGCGGAGGGGCCGCAGGGAGCCGGCCGGGGGAUGCGACAGGGGCCGGGCACCAUAAAGAAGAAGUCUGACUUGAAAGCAGCAAAGCAAAGAAUAGGGGGAUGGAAUAGGACCGAAGCAAACAAGCGAAAAGGAAGGAACUAAAGCAAUGUCAUCUUACUUGUAGAAACGUCAUGACACACAGCAGCAUCAUGGUGGAUGUAGGAAAGUGGCCGAUAUUUACCUUGCUGUCACCUCAAGAAAUAGCAUCUAUUCGUAAAGCAUGUGUAUUUGGUACAUCAGCCAAUGAAGCUAUAUACAUAACGCACAAUGAUGAGGUAUUUGUUUUUGGACUGAAUUGCAGUAAUUGUUUGGGAACUGGAGAUAAUCAGAGCACAAUAGUACCAAAGAAAUUGGAAGCCUUAUGUGGAAAGAAGAUUUCCAGUCUCAGUUAUGGAAGUGGACCCCAUGUUGUACUUUGCACUGAAGAUGGUGAAGUGUAUGCUUGGGGACAUAAUGGUUACAGCCAACUUGGGAAUGGCACAACCAAUCAGGGCAUUACUCCGCUUCAAGUUUGCACAAAUCUGUUAGUAAAGAAAGUGGUGGAAGUAGCCUGUGGCUCUCAUCAUUCCAUGGCGCUGUCGUUUGAUGGGGAUCUGUAUGCUUGGGGCUAUAAUAACUGUGGUCAAGUUGGAUCUGGAUCUACAGCAAACCAGCCAACUCCUCGUAGAGUUUCAAACUGUUUACAGUGUAAAAUGGUAGUUGGCAUUGCUUGUGGUCAGACCUCCUCCAUGGCUGUAGUAAACAAUGGUGAGGUUUAUGGCUGGGGUUACAAUGGUAAUGGUCAGCUAGGUCUUGGAAACAACGGCAAUCAACUAACGCCAUGCAGAGUGGCAGCAUUACAUGGUGUGUGUGUACUCCAGAUUGCCUGUGGCUAUGCGCACACACUAGCACUAACAGAUGAGGGUUUGCUCUAUGCCUGGGGAGCUAACACUUAUGGGCAGCUGGGAACUGGCAAUAAAAGUAACCAGCUAAGCCCGGUGCAGAUCAUGAUGGAAAAAGAAAGGGUUGUGGAGAUUGCAGCCUGCCACUCUGCUCACACGUCAGCUGCCAAGACCCAGAGCGGCCAGGUGUACAUGUGGGGCCAAUGCCGUGGGCAGUCAGUGAUCUUUCCCCACCUCACUCACUUUUCCUGUACUGACGAUGUGUUUGCUUGCUUUGCUACCCCUGCGGUUAUGUGGCGUCUUCUAUCAGUAGAGCAUGAAGACUUUUUAACAGUAGCGGAGUCUCUGAAGAAAGAGUUUGACAGCCUAGAAACCUCGGACCUAAAGUUUCGUGUGGAUGGAAAAUACAUUCAUGUCCACAAAGCUGUUCUGAAAAUCAGGUGUGAACACUUCAGAACCAUGUUCCAGUCAUACUGGAAUGAGGAUAUGAAGGAAGUGAUAGAAAUAGACCAGUUUUCUUAUCCUGUGUAUCGUGCCUUUCUUGAGUACUUGUAUACAGACAGCGUUGACCUUCCACCUGAAGACGCAAUAGGGCUUUUGGAUUUGGCUACUUCGUACUGUGAAAAUAGACUGAAAAAACUGUGUCAACACAUCAUCAAGAGAGGAAUUACUGUGGAAAACGCAUUUUCAUUGCUCUCUGCUGCUGUCAGAUAUGAUGCAGAGGACUUAGAGGAAUUCUGCUUUAAGUUUUGUGUCAAUCAUUUGACGGAAGUGACACAAACUACAGCAUUUUGGCAAAUGGAUGGUCCCCUGCUGAAGGAAUUCAUUGCUAAAGCCAGUAAAUGUGGAGCCUUUAAAAACUGAAGUGAGGCUGUAAGUUACGGGUCUCUGUAGGGUUUUUUUGCAGUUGUAACAGGAUGUCCUAAUUGUACGGGUAAAAGCAAGUGUUACCUGACCUCUUGUACCAGAAGAUGUGAAAGGCACAGUAAAAACAAAUGAUUUCUGUGCUCAAGAAUGAACUGUUGUAAAAAUGUCAAGCAAAGUACUCAUUUGCAUUUAGCAAACCUGGAUGGUGGAACCAGCUGAAGAUUUCAGGCGGAGAGAGGAAACACUGCGAUGUGCAAAAAAUGCCAGUCGGUGUUAUGGACUUACCUUUUUAGCCUAGAAAAUCUCAGUUCUAGCACCAUCUAUUAAUAUUUUCAGUUUACUUCGUGGGGUUGGAGAAUAGUCUGACCUGAGCCACUGAAUGAUGUCACUUAAAUCAUUAACUCCCUGGGAUUAUAGGGAAGCAAAUGGCAUGGAUAUCUUUUACUGCAUUUGCAUGAUUGUGAAUGAAUUUGCCGUUUGCUGUGUAUAAUUAACCAAGCGUAUCCAGUGCUUAGAAAAGUGUGCAAAAAUAAUAUAUCCUCAAAGCCUGUGCAAGUGACUUUGAAGAAAGGGGUAAUUAGCAAAUCUAAUUGGAAGUAAAUCUCUGUAUUUGGCUAUACCUUAAUAUAAGUUGUAAUGUUGUCCCGGGUGGAGUCAUGCACUUCACUCAUAAGAGAGAAGCAACAAUUUACUUUAUUGGUACAAACCAGCGAGUUAACACAGUGCCAUGGUAAAUGGGUCAGUGGUUGAACAAGACUGGAUGGCAAGGUACACUUGGUUAUUUACUGCAUAGAAGCCAGGGUCAGAGAGUCUGUCAGGGAGACCCUCCCGUUGAGUCGUGGGGUUCAGAAAGGACCCCCUUGGUUUCUAAACUCUUCUCAGAGAGGAGUCGAGGUGCGGCUGGAUCCACUCCUAGUCCCAGACUUGACCAACAGUUUAUGUCUAAAGGAUUAUAUACGUGCAAUCAGCUCUUUAUAUCACUUAGCUAAGAUUUCAAAGUUUAGCAUGCUAUUAAUCACUUACAGAUUAUCUGACACAAUAAGGAUUCUCUCAACCUCAAGGAGUAACCUUGAGAUGUGUCCCUGCUCAAGGGAGAUCCUGGCGUGCAGCCUGUUGCCCUGUGGGAGAGCUCAAAGGGCCCUUGGGCUGUCCACUAUUUAUGGGAUAAGAUGAUUGACUCAUAGUCAUAUUUUCAUACCAUUUUGAUAUUUUCCAUCAUGACCACCACCAGUGGUUAUGGCUAGCGCAAGGUUAUGGGAAAUGUCAGGUUGGGGGUGGGGAGGUAGCACACAAUCACACUCCACCCCGUGACUAUAGUCAAUUCAUCUUAUUCUCACAGAAUGGUGGUACGAUCACCUCUUGCCUCUGUGCCAUAAAUAGUGUAUUGAUAAUUUAUGUGCUUACAGAUCCACAGCAAGUAGAUAGGGAAGUAUUGCUAUUUGCUCUGUAUUAGUUUGUAUGUUUUGGGUGGUUGGAGUUUGGGUUAUUUGUCUUAUCAUGUAACAAACCUUUAUAUACAAUAUAAUUAUAAGCAAUAAACAUAUUAAAGUCAGAGUUAGUAAAAUCGCAACUGGGUGAAGCAUAAGAUUAAACACUCCCGUUGCUGUUGGUGACCAUCUAAGAAGAGUUUCCCACCAAUGGUGUUCUCCACCCUUCUUCACUCUUUCCAAGACGUGGUGUAUCUCUUCUGUAUCAUGAUGAAUGGUGAUUAGAGUUUUGUGUCCGUGGUUUUGGACAUGUUCUAGCAGUUGACACAGGUCAUCGUGUUGUAGUAGUUUCUUCACCAAUGUAAGAUUCAUUCUGAAGGGAGUAUGCAAUAAAUCUUGACUCAGUGUAUAA